AUGUCAACAAUUAUAACUACAACCAAUACUUCAACAGCGAAUAGUAAUAAUAGUAACAACAAUAAUAAUAAUAACAAUAAUAAUGUAAACAAUAAUAGCAAAGUAUCCAAACUUAAAUGUCCAACACAUUUUGGAUAUUGUAGAAGAAUACAACCUUCAUCAGGAAAAGAUAAAGAUAGAAUUUAUUUUAAAUGUAAAGUUCUCGAUUGUCAAUUUUCAAAAUGGUUCAAUACAGAGAGUGAUGUGGAAUUAUAUAAUCACCAAAAUAAACAAACAGUACCUGCCACUCCACCACAAGAACAUCAACAACAACAACAACAACAACAACAAAAUAAUUUGUUUAGUUUCAAUGAUGACGACAUUUUUGCUUCUGCAGAUAAAUUUUACAACCCUAAUAAAUAUAAUGUAAACACGAACAAUGGUAGUAAUAUUAAUAUUAAUAAUAUUAAUAAUAAUAAUAGUAUUGGAAAAAGACGACUGAGUAAUAGUUUUGAUAUUAUGAAUGAAUUUAAUAUAGAUGAUAGUUCGAUUUUUGAAGAUGACCCUAUUGAUACAGAUUAUAGUACAGCACCUAGCUCCUCUAAAAAGAGGUUGGUUUUUGAUUCAUCAGAUAAUAAUAAUAAUAGCAAUAACAAUAACUACAAUAGUAAUAAUAAUAAUUUGAAAUCCGUUAGUAGUAAUGCUAAUGGAGGAAAUUCUUUGAAUGUAGCAAAUAUAGCACCAUCAGCCAAUAGCAUGGCCACAACUACCACCACUUUUACUUCUAGUAAUAAUAAUAGUCCAAUAAAAAAGUUGUUCAAUAAUAGCACUUUAAAUAAACCAAUUGUAAAUAAUGUAAAUAAUAAUAAUAAUAAUAAUAAUAAUAAUAAUAAUAAUAAUAAUAAUAAUAAUAAUAAUAAUAAUAAUAAUAAUAAUAUUAUAAAUCAACAACAACAUAAUGUAAAAAACAACAAUAUAUCACCAUCAAAACCUCAAUCCAAAUCAUCACCAAUUCUCCAAUCAAAACAACCUGAAAUUUCAUUUAAACCAAAAGUUAAACCAUCUGAGCCAACUUCACCAACUUCACCAACUUCACCAACUUCACCAACUUCACCAACUUCACCAACUUCACCAACUUCACCAACUUCACCAACUGCACCAACAAAAAUAACUACACCAACAAAAACAACUACACCUUCUUCCACUAACAAUAUGUCAAUAGAUUUUAAUGAUGAUAUUAUAACAGAUAGUUAUGAUGAAAUUUUUGAAAAAAGUAAAAAUGAAAGAGAAUUAAGAAUACAACAGCAGCAACAUCAGCAACAGCAACAACAACAGCAACAACAAAAACAACAGCAACAGAAAAAGCAAGAAACACAACAACAACAACAACAACAACAACAACAAGAACAACCACAAUUUCAACCACAACAACAACCUCAACCUCAACAACAAAGACAAAAACAAAAACAAAAUAAUGAUAGAAUUAAAUGUAUACCAAUUGAAAUUGAAGAUGAAGAAGAUAAAGUUGAUAUUAUUGAUAGUAAAAUAUCAAAUAAACAAAAACCAAUAAAUAAACAAAAAACAAGAUUAGCAUUUGAUUCAGAUAUAAUAGAGAUACCAGAUGUAACAAAUGAAUUUAAUGAUACAAUUAAAAACAAUGAAGAUAGUAAUCAAAUUAAUAAAAGAAGUUAUAGAGUUGAAUCGAUUGAUACUGAUUUAAAAUGGAAUAAUCCAAAUAAUAAACCAAUGAGUAAAAUUAAACCAAAGAGAAAUCAAGCACAUCAAAUCAUUAUUGAUUUUCAAUUAUAUGAUUUAGAUAUCAUUGGUACAACAUAUCCUGUACCACCGAUAGUGGGUGAAACUGAAGAGAUAUUACAACAAUUUAAACAGUCCAAAGGAACUCGUUUUGAGAAAGAAGAGAUUUGGAAAUUCCCCAAAUCGGAAUACCAAAACCUAGUGACAAUGUUACAAAGAUUACAAAGUCGUACGAGCUCAAGAUUUCAAUUGAAUACAAUUCCAACAGAAAUAUUUAGAUAUCUUCAUGAUCCAUGGUAUCUUGAGAAACAAAAGUUAACCAAAAAACAACAAUUACAGCAUCAACAAGAGAGAGCAUUUCAAUGUAAAUUACCAUUCGAUUGUACUAGAAUACCCGUUGAAUUAUUCUCAACCUUACUUCCAUUUCAAAUGAAAUCAUUAUCAUUUUGUACUCAACAAUUGUCAGGUAAAUGUUUAAUUGGUGAUGAGAUGGGUUUGGGUAAAACCAUUCAAGCAUUGGCAAUAUCAUCCUAUUAUCGUUCAGAAUGGCCACUAUUAAUCAUUUGUCCAUCAUCAUUAAGAUUAUCAUGGUCAAAAGAGGUUGAGAAAUGGUUUCCCUCGGUCGAUAUCAAUGUAAUUAUGACUGGUGAAGAUAAAGCAAAUGCAAUGGUCAAUAUAUGUUCCUAUGAUUUAGUUGGUAGAUUAUUAGAGAAAGAAUUAUUACCAAGAGCUUUCAAGGCUAUAAUAUGUGAUGAAUCUCAUUAUAUGAAAAAUUCCGAAGCAAAAAGAACUAAAAACGUUUUGAAAUUGGUUCACACUGCAAAGAUUAGAAUUUUAUUAACUGGUACACCAGCUUUAUCAAGACCUGUCGAAUUGUUUCCUCAAAUGUUGGCAUUGGGUGCUUCAAUCUAUCCAACAUUAAAUGAUUUUGGUUUACGUUAUUGUAAUGCUUUCAAAGGAAUCUAUGGUUGGGAUUAUACUGGUAAUUCACAUCUUCAAGAACUAUAUGUUUUGAUUCGUGGUGUUAUGAUUCGUAGGUUAAAAAAUGAUGUGCUAAAGGAUUUACCACCAAAAGUUAGAAUAAAAGUUGUGGUUGAUACACCAACUCCAAAAGAUGUUCAAAAUGAAGUUGGUUCAGUAUUUUCAAAAUCAAAUAAAUUAUCAAUGAUUCAACAAUUUCAAAAACAACCAAAUGCUAAUAGUAUUGGUGGUGGUGGCGGUGGUGGUCAAAAAGAUAAAAUUAUGCACCUUUAUGUUGAAACUGGUAGAGCCAAAUUAAAAGCAUCAAGUGAUUAUAUUAUAAAUUUAAUUAAAAAGAAUGAAAAGUUUUUAGUUUUCGCUCAUCAUGCUGAUAUUAUGAAUGGUUUAGAGGAAGCAAUAAAGAGUACAGGAGCUGGGUAUAUUCGUAUUGAUGGUUCGACACCAGCAGUUCAAAGACAAGCUUUCGUUACAAAGUUUCAAAAUAAUGCAUCUUGUAAAGUUGCAUUACUCAGUAUCACAGCAGCAGGUACAGGUUUAACACUAACAGCAUCGAAUUUAGUUGUUUUUGUUGAACUUUAUUGGACACCCGGUGUAUUACGUCAAGCAGAGGAUAGAAUUCAUAGAAUUGGUCAAACUAAAACAUGUUAUAUUCAUUACUUAAUUGGUAAGAAUACACUAGACGAUAGGAUUUGGCCAACCAUUUGUAAUAAACUCGAGGUUUUAGGUGAAACUUUGGAUGGACAAGAAGAGGUUUUACAUACUCAAAACUUGGAUAUGAGAGGUAGGGUUAAUACAAUCAAUAAAUAUUUCAUUGGAAAAGAUGGUACAAUUGACUUGGAGAAAGAAGAUACAGACGAAUUGGUUUUCUCAAUUAUUGGUGAUGAUCCUUCAGUUUUACAACAACAACAAUUUCAACAACAAUUGGAUGAUGAAGACGAUGAGGAAGAAUCUUCUAAUUCCAAAAAAUCUAAAAAUAAAUCUAAAAAAGAUCAACAACAAGAAAAGAAAAAUUAUCAAUCACUUCAAUUUUCACAACCGCCACCACCUCCUAUUUUUAAAAAUCAAACUACAUUUCGAAAUAUUAAUCCAAAUUUUAAAGAUUAUUUAAAUAAUAAAAAUAAUAAUAAUAUUAAUAAUAAUAACAAUAAUAACAAUAAUAAUAAUAAUAAUAAUAAUAAUAAAAAUAGUAAUAAUUACAGAAAUCUUAAAUUCCAUCAAUACCAAAAUAACUUUGGAACUUUAAAUAGUCAUGGUAAUGCUAAUUUUAAUCUCAAUUACAAUAAUAACAAUAAUAUCAAUAAUAAUAUCAAUAAUAAUAUCAAUAAUAAUAAUAAUAAUAAUAAUAUCAAUAAUAACAAAAAUAAUACCAAUAAUCCUAAUAAUAAUGAUAACAAUCCAAAUGUAAUCACUCAAUAUUUCCAAAGUAAUCAAGGUUACGAUAAUAAUAAUAACUUCAAUAAUAUAUCUCAAUACUUUUCGAAAAAAUAA